AUGGAUUACUGGUUACAGCGUUGCUCAAUUUGUUUUGAUGCACAGCUCGACCUUUGUUUAGAGUACUGUCGAGACCAGUAUUGUCUUGAUUGCUUCCGGAGAUAUGUGACCGAAGUCGUUACUACAUCAUGGGGCCUGAGUGUGACCAAGAUCAGGUGCCCCGUUUGCCAGGACCAUAUCCCGCAAAGCGAAUGGAGCAAAUUCGUGCCCUCCAGCGUCGUUGAGCUUUACAACCGAUACAACCAGCCUUAUCGCAGUUUUUCAAGGUGUUGUCCCAGUUGCGAGACCGAGGUGACUCCACUUUUGCCCAUCAUUGAACGACAAGAAUGGAACAGUUCCAGCUUACCAGCUCUUUACCGUCGGACCCUACUUGCUGUCAGGGCGUUCGAACGUAGCCAUCAUCAUCAUCGGCAUGCUAUUACAGCAGCACCAGCAGCAGUAGCACCAGCGACAACAGAAUCACAAGCACAAACAACAAUACUAUCACCAAGCUCGGCAACCGCGGUUCAUCCAUGGUCACACAGGCCUCUCGCCACCCCUAUAACAGCCACCACUGCUACUUCUGCCGCACUAGCCAUUUCAAAAAGCAUGCUUCUGUUUGAUAUGAAGCCUGACACCUGGCGAAAACUUCAGUUCCAACACAUUUCAUUUUUCCCCAUCAUUGACUGCCCUGCAUGCCUCGUGACAUUCUGCUUACAAUGCGGACAACGGGAACAUCCAAAUGCAACGUGUGAAGAGUCGAUGCAAAGGACUGUGGACAGCAAUCACCGAGGUUUGCCAUCCGAGGCCAUUGAAACACUACGGUGGCAGCUCCAAAACAGUCGGCGGUGUCCCAAUUGCUCAAUCAUGAUUAACCGUGACGAAGGAUGCAACAAAGUGGAUUGCUCAUUGUGUGGAUUUUGUUUUUGUUGGGCGUGUCGGUCGCCCUGGUCAGAGACCGAGCUCGGGGUACCAAAUGUAUCAUCCAUACAAGCUCGGCUGUUCCCUCUUACUGGAGCACCCUAA